AGCAUUUUUUCUUCCGCAGAGCUGAACAAGCAUUUUGCAUUAUCGCCCUGGAGUUCCUCUCUCGAUACGUUCUUGGGGUUCCGCUGCCGGCCUUAUAGAACGUUUAUUCAAAUUUGAUUUUUGCCUGUGGAGAGGAACUCUGAAUUUUAUUAUUUUCUCCUAAUUAGGACAUUUCCCUAACUUUAAAUCCAGGUUCUAAGAAUGAAAGAGGUCACGAAGAGAGAAAGUCAAGCAACAUCUGCAUUAGCGUUUGUGGAAGGAGGAAUUCAGGACUCAAGUGAUGAUUCUUGCAGCAUUUGCCUUGAGACUUUCUCUGAGAGUGAUCCAUCAACAGCUACUCAUUGCAAGCACGGCUUUCAUCUUCAGUGCAUUCUGGAAUGGUGUCAAAGGAGUUCUAAUUGCCCAAUGUGCUGGCAAACAAUUAAAAUGGAAGAUUCAGAAAGCCAAGACUUACUCGAGGCUGUGGAACAUGAAAGGAAUAUAAAUUCUAAUCCUCCAAGGACUGCAUCAAUAGUUUACCACCCUGCUCAGGGAAAUAUUGAAUUCCCACAUUUUGCGGUGGGCAUAAGUAAUAGUGAACUUGAAGAGCGCGUCAUCCACCGUUUGGCUGCCGCUGCUGCAAUGGGAAGAACUCACCGCAAUCAAAGGAGGGAGGGAUCUACAAAUCCAGUUGUUGGUUCAUCAUCUGCAUCUGUCAACAUGCUAAACAGUUAUCCAGAAAUCUCUGUUGGGAGUAGCUCUUCUGGCAAGUCUUCCAUGACAAAUCAAGAGAGGGCAGCUCCUGAUUUCCAGAAAUUCUCAGACACUUUGAGUUCUCGAUUUGCGUCAAUGUCGAUGAAAUACCGAGAAUCUUUUUCGAAGUCUAAAAAAGGGUGGAUGGAAAGGCUCUUUUCUUGAGCUACUUCCUUAAGGGUGCUCAAAAUGAAGUGCCAUAUGAUAAUAGCUCUGUGCUUUGACCGCAAAAUGGCUUUGGAGUUAAGCUUCACCACUUCAUUAAGCAGCUGGCUGACAUUUCUUAGGACUUCAUACUUCAAGAGUGGUAUAAUUGGUCAUAAAAUGCAACAAUUCAAAUACGAUGCGGGCAUGACGAAAUUAUUGUGUGCUUUUUUUGUACGGGCGAAAGUGCUGGGGCGAAAGAGGAAGAGAAGGUAGAGAUGAGACACAGAUAGACAUCAUCUGCAUAUAUUGUGUUACAUUGACUACAUACUAUAUGAAGUUGUAGAUACAUAUACACAUUGGAUUGGUCUAAUGCCAAUAAAACAAAAUGUGACCUUUGUUUCUAACUUCAGUAAUCCUUGCAUGGUUUUGCCUACGAAGCUAUUGAUGUUAAAAUUGGAUUUCACUAUUUUGGAACAUUAAUCAUGUAAGGUAAUACGUAGUAUUAGGUUUUAGAGUGGACCAAGUUUCAGAACCAGACCAAGAAUGGCCGGUUUUGGCAAGGGACUGGACGUCUGGAUUGGAGCUGGGUUGCCAAUUCCUAAUUAGGUUCACUAUAUAACAGACACUUGAGGUUUCAUUAAAGUACUCCGUAAGAUAUUAUAAUACCCGGUCUAUUCCUCAG